AUGAGAGCCGCCGGUCGCCGCCGGGCUAUGGAAUCCUUAGCCUCGGACCGCCGUCCCCCACCACCCACACCUACAAACACUGCUGACCCAUGGCAAUACCUCUCCACCCCGGUCCCUGGCCGCGACUCCGACGCCAGUUUCUGCAGCAGCCGCCCCUCAAACGCCUCCAUCGGUCGCCCGUCAACCGUAUUCCCCAACACCUCCGACAAAUCUUAUCAGCUUGCUUCUAUCAGAACCAUCAAUGCCUAUCUUGCCUCUCUCUCCCUCCCCUUCUCUCUCAAACCCCCUCUUCCCUCAGCCAAAGACAUCACUGAAACCCUCAAAUUCCUCCUCCAUCGCCUUGGCUUCUCAGCGCAGAAAUUAGAUGAAGACCUUGUCCUGAAAGUCUUGAAAGUCCUGAAAUGUCCCUUGAAAUUAAACAAAUCUGCACUCAAAGCCCCGGGUACCCCUCAUGCCUGGCCUAAUUUGCUUGCUGUCAUUCUCUGGGCUGUUCAGAUAGUCAAGUACAAAGAUCAUUUGUUGAACUCCCCAUCGAAUUUUCAGGAUAAUAGCAUGUUCAAGUACACGGCAAACAGUUACUUGAGUUAUAUUAGGGGGGAUGAUCAGGCAGUGGAUGCUUUGGACGAAGAGUUUAUGAGAGAAUUGAGUGAGGAAAGGGAUAAAAUAGAGGAGAAUGUGAAGGCUGUUGAAGGAAAUGUGAAUGAAUUGGAGGUAAAAUUGGAGAGUUUGAAGAAGGGACCGAGCCAGAAGGAGGUAUUGGAGCAGGAGAAGGCUUUAUUGGAGAAGGACGUGACUAAGUUCCAUAUGAUUAUUGAGCAGUUGGAUGGCCAUAUGCUGGAGGUGCAAAAGAAAAUUGAGGAGAAGGAGAAGGAAUUGGAGGUAAAGGUGGCUGAGAGGAAAAGGAUCUGCGACGAGAACGAGGAGUUGAAGAGAACUAUUGAGGAACAGGGUAUUAAUGCAAGGGAUGCAGAGAGAAUGAAGAGAGAAUUGCAGGCUGUGGAGAGGGAAAUAGAGGACGCAGAGGCUUCAAGGAAUGGUUGGGAGGAGAAGAUUUGGGAGCUUGAUUCUGGGAUCGGGCAUAAAUUCAAGGAGCUCGAGUGGUUAACAAUUGAGUGCAACCAAGCUAUCCGGAGGUUGAAGCUUGGAAUUGGAUUUCAAUAUCAGUUGAAUGCCAAGGGGUCCACACCUGGUGAAGUAUUGGGAUUAGAUUACAAAUCAAUACUUAAGCCUGCACUUUCCUCAUUUGCUGAAGACAUAAAAAGAAGUUCAGUAGAGAAAUUGGAAGAAUUGAUAUCUCUUCGGCAACAGUCCGGAGAGAAUGCUGCUAAGAUUGAGGAGAAAAGAAAUCGUAUCUCUGCCCUUCAAUCCUACAUUGAUGAAGUUGGAGCUCACGUUAAUUUAACAAGGAAGGAAUCACAGGAAUACACUUCUAGAUGUGCGGCAGAAGCUAGAAAAAUUGUGGAGGAUGUUGAAACAGAGGCUCAAAACAUGGAUGUUGUUGAAAAUGAAGCAUCAGAAUUUUUGAAGACAUCAAGGGCAAAGUUGCAGGAAACCAUUGUGCAAACUGAGGGGGAAGUUCAAAUGUGUGCUCAGGAACUCUUUGGUCUGAUCGAUUCAGUUUCAACAUAUAAAGAGUACAUGGGAUCAAAAAUCGCAGAGAUGAAGAACGAUCUUCUACAGACAACUGGUUCUGUGGCUGAUAUUUAUAAAGGGUACAUCAUGAUAAAGAAAAAUAAAAAUGUGACAGGUUAA